AUGCGCCAUGGCCAGCUACUAUGGCUGCUCUUCCACGCGAUAGCCGUUUCCAACAGCCUGGGCGCCUACGUUGAAUCCCGACCAUGCGCCGUUAUACGCAGCAAGGCAAGCCUCAAAUCGACCAGCGUCACCGCGGCACUGAAACCCCAGAUACACGGGCAGGCACUCAGCAUCGAAGGCGCAAGCUUGGUCCAGGUGACGGAAUGCGAUGGACUGGCAACUGUCACGGUGAAUCUGACCACCGAGGGUCUUGGAUGGAGAGUCUCGGAUCAAUUGACAGCAAAUACGACUUGCGAACCUAUGCCCUGGGCAAGAGGCGGCAUGCGUCUGCUCCGAACCAACGUUUCCCAAAACAUCCAACGAAUCCCCCUCUCGACCUUCCAUACGCGUAUCGAAAUAGCCAACAGCACAGCCGCGAACCCGUUUGCCUGUGCGCACGUCGAAAUCGCGCCGGAGAUCGACGUCGUCACAUCUCGCGUCCUACGAUGGUUGCCCUGCGCGAUCCUGAUAUUUGUCUUCGUGUACGGCGCGAUUGACUCCUUGUACGAUGACGGACCGAAAGAACACAUCAUAGAUGGCGUAAGAGUGCUGCGGACAGAGACUCGGCCAAUACUUCCCCUGUUUGGCGACUGUCUGCACUAUCUGCAGUUCGUCUUCCUCUCGGGAGGCCUCAGCAUCUCCUACCCCGGCUUCUAUCGCCCUGCUGUUAGCAAGCUGAGUUGGUUCUCUUUGUUCCAUAGCGGACCGAUCACACGCAGACUCGCCUAUAACGGUGUUAGCGAUGGCAUCUACGAGGUCAACGGCACGUAUGGCGGAACCUAUGGGCUUGAGAUAAUGCAUCAAAUCGCUGCCACGCCCGGAACGAUUGAUACUUGGUUCAAUAUGCUGGUCACUAUCCUCAUCAUCACCAUAUGCGCCGGCGUCAUCCUGGAAUGUCUUCGCCUUUUUCGCAAACCGCGGCGCACUUCGCUGGAUCAGGCGACACCUGAUGUUCGCAGCAGCUUCCGCCACCGAUUCGCCUGUUUGCUUCGCGUGGUUUUCUCGUACUUCACCAUGCCGCUCAUAGCCAUGUCGUUCUACCAACUUGCCAACGCCGCGUGGGUCCCUCGGACUCACACCGUCUACGCCGUCUUCCUGAUCCUCUACAUGACUGCGCUCUUCUCCUGGCUCCUGUACCAGGUCCCGCCUCGAAAUCUUGGGCGUCUCCUCUUAAAUAAAUCUACUCAUUACCAGAGCCUACUGCCAGGCGAUGCCCCGGCGCCAAAUGCAUAUGAUGACGUCUUCGUUCUGGUGCUUUUCACAUUGCUGUUCGUCAGGGGAAUGGUCAUUGGCGGCCUUCAGAAAUGGGGCGCUGCACAAUUGGUGGUUCUCUGCACUUGCGAAGUGGUUUUACUGGGUUGCAUCUACCUGCUCAAGUCACACCCGCUUGGAUCUGUGGUCACCAUCGGGGCUGUUGUUAGGCUCAUUGCCACGGGGCUCAUGGUCGCCUUUCUGCCUAGUGCUUCAAACAUGGCUACGAAAACCAAUAUUGGGCGCGCAAUCCUGGUGUUGCACGCCGGGAUGCUGCUUGGAGGCUUUCUCAUCCCGUCCGCGAUAAGACUUGUCAGGCUACUUGCCAGCAGGUGGAACGGCCCCAAGGCUGACGUUUACGGCCUCCGGCAGCUUCGAAGACGGCAAACAGCAAGAACGAACCUCUCUCCAACGUCUCAAGGCGUAUUGUUGGACGUGCCCAGCCGUGAAGGAGAGGAGUGGGGGCCCGAAGCUCAGUCUCCUCAAAGCGACAGUCCCAUUCCUUCAAGAUUCUACUUUCGUCCACCGCGCUCAGUCUCUUCACGUGGUGGCUCACCCACACCAGUGAUAUCUCCUUGCGUCACACCAACGCAUAAGAGCGGUGCAGCCUCGAUCGUAGUGUCUCCGAUAGAGAAAAGCCUCCCGUCGGGCUGGAGCCAACGAGACCAGAAGACGUCGGAAGCGUUCCACUAUCAUGGCACAUCCAGAUCGUCUGGGUCGUCUAGGUCCUCCGCAAGUAGCCGCUCCUCGCCUGGUCAAUCAGUCAGCGAUGGCCCAGCGGGGUCUACCGAGAACGUGCUUCUUGUCUUGCCACUGAACGACUAUACCACCAGAGAAUCGGAUGCGCAUCAUCUGGGGCCGGGUGGAAGAAGGGUCCAUGAAUGGGGCACCCCUGCGGAAGCCCCAAGUGGUGAGGUGUCGCGGUGGCCCUUCGCUAGUAUCCAUCAACUCCUUGCACGGGUGUCGUUCAAUUUACCCAAUCCCUUUGGACGAAAGACAGACGCAGAUUGA